AUGGAUAAAAACAAGAAUGAACACUCUCGAGGUGACCCUCCCGUUACUUCUCAGCACCAUACGGAGGAUAAAGCCCUCUCUUUGCAAGACAAGAACCGUCCCCAGGGUCUCGUUCUUCUCGACGAGGAGCAAAGAAGCCGACAAGGUGCUUCAUCCAUAGGGUCUGGGCAUGGCUUCUUUAGGAUGCAAAUAGACGAAAAUUCACGUGUAUUUAACGGCGAUGCCAGAGGCAAGCGUCCCGAUGGAACUCAGCUCCACAUGAUCAGUGGUGGGUCUGUGAAGAAUAAGAGCACUCUGAUCAACGGCGAUUUAGACCCGGAAAUUUUUAGAGAGAUUUUUGGCAAAGAUCGCUAG